UCAACAAUAUUCGAUUUUCUUUCAGUUCGCUAGAAAAUAGAAACUCAUCAUGCCUCCCAAGCCAAGCGGAAAGGGACAGAAGAAGGCCGGUAAAGCCAAGGGUGCACCAAGCACCAACAAGAAGAGAAAGCGCAAGAGAAAGGAGAGCUAUGGCAUCUACAUCUACAAGGUGAUGAAGCAGGUGCACCCCGACACCGGCAUCUCAAGCAAGGCCAUGAGCAUCAUGAACAGCUUCGUCAAUGACAUCUUCGAGCGUAUUGCCGCCGAGGCUUCCCGCCUGGCCCACUACAACAAGAAGUCCACCAUCACCAGCCGUGAGGUGCAGACCGCUGUCCGUCUCCUCCUGCCCGGUGAGCUGGCCAAGCACGCUGUCAGCGAAGGCACCAAGGCCGUCACCAAGUACACCACCUCCAAAUAGACGGUGUACUGAAAACCAUCAAACCAACCGGCUCUUUUCAGAGCCACCACAUUUUCAAAAAAGAGAUUAGAAAUUCAUGUCUGCUUCCGUUUCUUUGCUAAAGCUAUGUCUGUUUUUCCUUUUCUAUGUCAUUGGUGAUCAAGGAUGGAUACGCACAAUAUUUUCAUUGCGUUAGAAUUUCAGGGACCGAACACUACAGUCUUUUUA